AUGGCGGCCAACGCCGGGAACAAGAUCCGCAACGCCAAGCUGGUUCUUCUUGGAGAUGUGGGCGCUGGCAAAUCUAGCUUGGUUCUUCGGUUUGUUAAGGGACAGUUUGUUGAAUUCCAGGAAUCAACAAUUGGAGCAGCUUUCUUUUCCCAGACCUUAGCAGUCAAUGAUGAGACUGUUAAGUUUGAAAUCUGGGAUACUGCUGGGCAGGAGAGGUAUCAUAGCUUGGCCCCCAUGUACUAUAGGGGUGCCGCCGCCGCCAUUGUUGUCUAUGACAUCACAAAUCCGGCCUCCUUUACCCGUGCCAAGAAAUGGGUUCAAGAACUUCAAGCUCAAGGAAAUCCGAAUACAAUAGUGGCUCUUGCUGGAAACAAGGCUGAUAUGUUAGAUGCGAGGCAGGUGCCAGCAGAGGAAGCAAAGACGUAUGCCCAGGAGAAUGGGCUCUUCUUCAUGGAGACAUCUGCUAAAACUGCAAUCAAUGUGAAUGACAUAUUUUAUGAGAUUGCAAAGAGAUUGCUUCAAGGGCAACAGGCUCCAAGCCCACAGGCUGGAAUGGUUCUGAAUCAGAGACCAAACGAGAGGAUGGUCAGCUCUUCUUCAUGCUGCUCUUGA